AUGCGCAUUUUUUAAAGUUUUUUGUUAGAGAAAAAUAUUAUAGAUCAUCAUAAAGCCAAAAGGGUAAGAAUGCCCCGUGAAUAUUCCAAUUUAUGGGUUGAGUGAGUUUAAAGAUUUUUUAUCAAAACCUUUUGUAAAGAUAAUAAAAUCUUAUUUGAGAAUUGUGUGUGCCAACAAUUGAGAGCAUCCAUAUUUAUAAGUUGGGAAGGGGCCUCUAUCAAUUGUGUAUAACUAAGUUUUAGACAAUAUUCACGAAUAUUCAUAUCAAUCACGGUACAAAGGAAAUAAUAAGUCUUACUUAAAAUAGAUAGCUCAAGAAACUAGGCUAAAUGUGUUUGAUCAUUUAACUUAUCAAUUUGUUUCACGUUUGUCACUAAUAAGUUUCCAGUGCACUUGUGGUUAUUGAAUUUACAUUUGUGUCUCAUUACUAGUCACCCUCCAUCUAAUUCUUUUACAGAGAUUCUAUAUGACAACAAACACUUAUAUUUUAGCAAUCAAGAUAAUGAGUAUGAAAUAAGAAGAAACAUCUAUAAUUUCAGCUUCUUCACCUUCUAGUACCAUCCCCAUCACCCAUUCCAUAAUUUAUUCUCUCUCUAAAUUUUCUCUAUAUCACCUUUUUUUUAUCUGUUAUAAAUUGGGUUGUGGUGUUAUAAGAGACUAAUGAAUAACAUAAUACAUAAAUUCUCAAUCUUUCUUUACUUUCUUCCUCUUCCUCUGCAACUCUCUGUUCUCUUCUCAAUCCUUCUAUAUUCUUCCCCUAUUUCUUCCCCUACUCUUCUUCCCUCUUCCUUAUUAUUCUCUUCUCAGUUCCAGCAUGAAAGAUCCAGUUCCAGCUACAUCCAUUACAAGUGGUAUCUGAGCUGUAAUUCGACAUCCAUGACGGCGAAUUCAACUCUUCCACCGAUAGACGGAUGCUACUCUGUAGAUCCUAGAUCAAACCCAUGACGGUGAUUCCGACUUGUCCAUCGAUCAACACUGCUACUUCAGAACCUGGGAGUUACGACGCAUGGCUUGAAAAAUACAACGCACGACAAGCGUUCAUUAUGGCGCGACUUUCUGCAACGGGGAAUCAGUUGCGAGAAAUGGAGAAUCUAUUGUGGGAAAGAAACCAUGGAAUGGUCGACCCUUCAACUUUGUCGCUAGUUGAAUCCGCGGGUGUUCGAGACCCAUUUUCUCCUCCGCCGGGUGAGUGCCACAGGGAUCGAGGUUUCCUCCCGCCACAUGUUCGACGAAAUGUCACACCCUAAUUUCUCUACCACAAAGGGAGUCCGAGUCUCUUAUUUCUUCAGCUAUCGCGGGAGAAUGGGGCAACUUCAGCACUCCAUUACCUCUACCUUCUGUAAAGCGCUACUGGUGCCAAAGGGCUCAACCCCCAACUCGAGCAGCUUCUACGUCUACACCGCCAGUUGAGCCGUUAAUAAAAGAAUGGGUGUUACCGUCAUCGACUAGUUCCUUCUCCACUUCCUGGUAACAAUCAGACAAUCCUUCAUGAAUAAGAAAAUCAUAUCUUCUACGACGAUAACCCAGCGGGCUGGGCUAAGCUAUGUGAGAAAAUGUUUAUUCUCCACAAUAUUCCCGACCUUAAGAAAGUUAAGAUUGAGGUAGUCAAUUUUGAUCAUAGAGCAGGUGUGUGAUUUGAGAGCUGGGCUUAUGGUUGCUCCGUGUUGGUAUGGACGGAGUUCGUAAAUAGCUUGUGUAGGCACUUUGGGCCUAUCGUAGCUUCAAGAUUACUUGAGUUUGAGCACUACAACAUCUUACGCAAUGAAGGAGAUUGGUGAUUCUUUCCCUUAUGCAGACCUAGUUGUUGGGAAUGGUGAUUUAGCUGCUGUAGAUAGUGAGAUAAAGGCAAGAAAAAUCCAAGGCCUUGUAUUAGAAACACCUAUCUGAUUCCAAGAAGGGUAAUUUUGUGGUUGAAGCUGGCGAGAUAAGGAUGACCCAAAUCCAAACUCCUAUACUAGAGUCAUCUGCUGUAAGUGGCUCAGUAAUUGCUACCCAUUCUUAAAUUGGUGCCUUAAAUACAGAUUAUUUCUCUGUUAGUACUUUGGCUAGCAAGGAUAGUGGGGAUAUGCAAGUUGAGAAGUGGCCUCAAGGGCUUUUGCACGCAUUACGUUUUGGUAAGGUCUACUAUGAGAAUUACUUGGAUGAAAUGCCAAACUUGCUAGUCAAUGUGGUUGGUAAGUUUUCUUCUCAUCAGUGGCGGAGGCAGCUUGCAUAAAGGUGGGUCAUUUGCACCACCUUGGUUGGAAGACCACACAAAACCAAUAUAUAAUAAUAGUCUACCCAAGAGUCAUAAUAAACCCUUUGACCUCCCUUUGACCACAAAGCUAUAUUUUCGACAAAAUACUGAUGAGUAUCUCAUCCUUUUUUUCGUUACUUUAUAUAUAUAUAUAUAUAUACCAUAUAUAUAUAUAUAUAUAUGGUGGCUUCUACGGUACCCCGGGUGAAAUUCAGGGUACCGUAUACCUUGAGUAUAAAAACACUAUCUAGACCUCGAAAUAGAAAAAACUUUGGGCUUGGUACUAUACCCUAAUCCUUAUUGAGUGAACCCUAGGUCCUAAUUAUCUAAAUCAUAAACUAUAAACCCUAAGACGGAGCAUUCAUUUUUUUGCCUAUAUUUGGACGAAUCAUAACCGUCGAUUAUUGUUUCUAAUUAAAUUGAUAUUGGAGUAUAAGAUUUAGGGAGCUAAGACCCAGAUUUUGAUCUGUAAGGGUUAGAGUAUAAUAUCAUGUCCAAAAGAUCAAUCAAUUCAAGGUCUGGAUAGCGUUUUCAUACUCAAGGUAUGCGGUACACCGGAUUUAACUCGGGGUACCGUAGAACUCGCCAUAUAUAUAUAUAUAUAUAUAUAUGCAUGCUUCUAACGUACUUUGUGUAAAAUCACUCGAGUAAGAAUAUGAUAUAUAGACGUUGAAUUGAUCGGAGAUUGGGAUGUGAUACUAUGCCAUAACCCUUAAAAUUAAUAUAUAGGUCUUAAUUCU